UGUUCUACUUAUUUUCUGCACCAGAAACUGACUAGAACUGGCUGCACUGGUGUGAACUGGGACCAUUAGAAUACAUGGAAAACACUGUACAUGCAUUUUUGGAGCAGAAAAAAAUGCACUGGACUUUAUCUGCAUAUAUGUUGGGAGCAGGGGUGGACUGACCAUUGGGGAACUCGGGCACUGCCCGAGGGCCCGGGGUCAGUAGGGGGCCCCAUGAGAUGUCCCUGGUACCUUUCAUAGGCUUUUUUGGGCGUAGUUUGAGUGUGGGCGAGGACACAGGGGCCCCAUGAUCCCCUAUUGCCCAGGGGCCCCAUGAGUUGUCAGUCCGCCCCUGGUUGGGAGUAUUUAUUUCAG